AUGACAAACUGGGUAUUGAACUCUCAAGGCAAUAAUUGCACAUUUAAGAGCCUUGAAGACGAGCCAAAUCAUUUGCUAUGGCCAAUAUCUGUUACUGCUCAAGAGGAAACAGCUACUAUGGAUGAAGCAAAUAUGUCGAAAGAAGAGCUUCUAUUAAUUAUUAAUUCAUUGCUAAAUUCAGUUAAUAUUUCAGAUUGUCUAAAGUAUCGUGGAUUAAAGCAAAAAAAUCGUACUUAA